UUAUUUUUACCUCAUUGCAACACUGCGUACCUACUUCAAGACCCAGAUAGUCGCAAAAGAAAACUUGCCAUUCGCAUUGCUGAAUGACAAUCUUGUUAUUAUCAUUAAAAUAAAAUUCGUACUAGUAGUGAUAUCUGCGUAUGAACAGCAAUCGUACUUUAGUCCAGUAUCAGUUUGACUGACUACGUACUACGCCAUAUCAGCCAUAAACCUGGUUACAUGCAAUUUUAGAAUAGUGAAAGCAAUUGCAAAUUGCAGUGAUGAACCCCAGGAUAAUUGUGAUAGGAGCUGGCGCAGCAGGGAUAGCUGCAGCAACCCGUUUGAUCGAAAAAGGAUACAAGAAUUUGACCAUUCUGGAAGCAGAAGAUCGUAUCGGUGGACGUAUUCAUACAAUUCCAUUCGCUUCCAAUGUGGUUGAUUUAGGUGCUCAAUGGUGUCACGGAGAGGUGAACAAUGUAUGCUACGAGCUGGGCUCAAAGUUGAAUGUAUUCGGUUCGAACAAUUUUAAGUAUGAGGACUUUGAACUGGUUAUGUCAAAUGGAGAGAAGGUUCCUCAGGAAAAAAGUCAAAAAUUAAUGAGUGCCAUUUGGUCCAUCCUGGCAUCGCAUCGUAAUGAGCUGAGUCGUUACCGAGGUUCACUAGGUUCGUUUGUUUUGGAGAAGUUCCGCGCAGUCCUGAGCACUCCAGAGUACGCAGACGUAGACCACGAGACAGCUUUCCAAUUUUUGGAAUUCUUCCACAAAUUUGAAAAUUCUAUAGAGGCCUCGGAUAGUUGGUUCGAUACAUCAGGACCGGGCUACUUACACUACUGGGAGUGUGAUGGAGACCAUCUAUUGAACUGGAAAGACAGAGGAUACAAAACGGUGCUGGAUCUACUUAUGAAACGCUUCCCUUCGCCAUACACGGCCAACGCCAUCAACAUUGAAGACUUUACACAUUUUAACAAAACCGUAGAGAACAUUUGCUGGAACUCCGGUCCAGAUAGCAUAGCUUCGGUUCGAUGUGCCGACAACAGCGUCUACGAUGCGGAUCACGUUAUUUGUACAAUGUCCUUGGGUGUCCUCAAGGAACGCUACCAAAGCCUUUUCUCACCAGAACUGCCAGCUAUGAAGAAAAAUGCCAUCAAAGGUCUGUCCAUAGGUACCGUGGAUAAGCUGUAUCUGGAGUUUGACAAACCUUUCUGGGCUGCCGGUUGGCACGGAUUAAGUCUGCUGUGGGAUCAAAACGACCUGGAAGAAAUCCGCGCAUCUCUCAACAGUUGGAUGGAAGAUGUUUUCGGCUUCUACGUAGUGGAUUUCCAGCCUAAUAUACUUUGCGGUUGGAUAUCUGGUGCAAAUGCUCGUCGAAUGGAACGAACAAGCGACGAUGAAGUUCGCAAGGCUUGCAUGUUCUUGCUGAGAAAGUUCAUGAAGGGCGUUGACAUCCCGGAGCCGGUAGCGUUCAAACGUACCCAAUGGUAUUCGAAUCCAAACUUUAGGGGAUCGUAUAGUUUCCGCUCGACGACAACGGACUUACUGAACACUUCGGCGGAACACUUGGCUCUUCCGUUGUCCAACGCGAUUGGAAUACCCGUGGUGCAAUUUGCUGGUGAAGCUACGCAUGAUCAUUACUACUCGACGGUACAUGGCGCUAUCGAGUCCGGAUGGCGUGAGGCGGAUAGACUUGUUGGACUGUACCAAAGCCCGUUCCAGCGCCAAGUGGACGCAGAUGUGGAUGUAUUGAUCCUGGGCGCAGGAAUAGCUGGACUAGGUGCUGCAAAAGCCCUUCUCGAAUCAGGGAAAAGUUUUAUCCUACUCGAAGCGCAGUCUGAAGCGGGUGGAAGGAUAAGAACGAUCGCUAUGGAAUCCCUUGGAAACGCAUGCCAUCGAUCUGGAAAGGCCGCGGUGGAUGCUGGAGCGCAGUGGCUGCAUGGGAAGCGGAACGAGCUGUAUCAGAUUGCGGAGGAGAAUGACUUGCUACAUGAGGAGCUUUCCGAGGAAGGCUUGGGCGAAUACGUUAGAGAUGAUGGGCGUAAGCUGGACAGUUUUUUCGUGAAAAAAGUGGACUUCUUGAUUGGACAAAUUUUGGAAGACUGUGAAGAAUUCGCUCAACAAGAAUCUGAGAAUUUUCCUGCUUCGGUAGAAGUGUUUCUAAGAGAAGAGUUCAGCAAAAGAUUGGAUCCGAACUUGACCUCUGAUGAGAAAGAAAUGGCUUACCAACUGCUAGAGUGGCACAUACGAUUCCAAGUGAUAGAUAACUCUUGUCUGAGUAUGACGGACGUAUCCGCCAAACUGUGGGGCAGUUAUUCCUUCAAUGGGGAAAGCUGCCAGGCUCAUAUAAAUACGAAGUAUGGAUUCCAAGCCUUAGUUAAUUGCCUGAUCGACAAAAUAGGGUCGGAUAGAAUAUUUUACAAAAAAGAAGUCACCGAAAUACGGUGGAAAGAUCAGGAUAAUCGUAUCCUUGUUAGAUGUGCAGACGAAACCAGUUACAGUUGCAAACAUCUCAUAGUAACUUUCUCACUAGGAGUGCUGAAGGCAACGCUGAAUCGCCUUUUCCAGCCCGCUCUUCCCAAACCCUACCGGAGAUCGAUUCGGAAUAUAGGAUUCGGCACGAUUGAUAAAAUAUUCCUACAAUUUGAGAAUGCGUGGUGGGAAGAUGCGGAAGGUUUUCAAUUGAUCUGGAGAGAUAAUCUUGAGAAAGGAGCUCAUUGGACCAGGUUCAUUUCCGGUUUUGACAUAGUCAGUCCAGGACCGGCAAAUACUUUGUUGGGAUGGAUCGGUAGCUGGGGAGCUCUAGAAAUGGAAAAGUUGUCCGAUGCCCAGAUCGUGGAUGAUUGUGUAUUCCUGUUAGAGAAGUUUACCAGACGAAAAGUUCCCCAGCCGAUUCGUUACUUUUGUUCCCGUUGGAAUUCGAAUCCCUUCGUUCGGGGAUCGUACAGUUACACUUCCGUAAACUGUGAUUAUGAACCAACGUUCCUGAAAGCCUUGCAGGAAACGCUCGUGUGCAACCAGUACAACCCUUUGACGGGGGAAAUGGAAAUAAAUCAAGAUCAUAUCUGCCAGCCCGCAUUAUCAUCGUCUCCGACCAUACAUUUCGCUGGGGAGGCGUGUCACGAAAAGUACUUCUCCACCGUUCACGGUGCUUUCCUAUCCGGAAUGGAACAAGCUCAAAAGCUCGUCUAGUCUUUUGUGCAAUAUUUUAAAAUCAUUAUUUUGUUGAUUCUUAAAUUUUAUCGAAUAAAGAGCUUUUGAAAACUA